AUGCGCUCCCCUUCUCCAGUAGGAACCAAGACCGACGCCAUCGAGCUCGUCCAAACGUCCCUUGAGGCGGUAAACUUGGAUCUAGCGGGAUCUGAAGCUAAGAGUCCGCUUCAAGAGCUUCUCGACCUGUGCGGCCAACCGUCGGCUCCUGAUUUCAGUGCGUUCCUCUCUACGCACGUUUUCGGGCUGGCCGAGCAACACGCGCUCGGACAUCACUUCGAGGAAGGGCAGAGUGAGAGGGACGUAACUACGGGAUCGAACGGGUUUAGGAAGGUCGGCGAGGCGAGUUAUUCCGAGGUUUACGCUCUGAUCGACUCGCCAACGAGGGAGACGGGAUUGGUAGUGAAGGUCAUCCCGUUGAUUGAACAGGCUAAACCGGCAAGCUCAGACGGCGGAAAUGACGAAGAUGAGGCGGACGAGGAGGUGGCUUGUUCCCUGGUAGCAGACGUCAAGCGGGAGAUCGAGAUUACGCGGUUGAUGAGCGGGAUGGCAGAAGGGUUUGUGCGGUGUCACGGGGCGUAUGUGGUGCGAGGGAGUUACCCCGAAGUCUUGCUCGACGCUUGGGAUGAGUUUGAGGAUCAACGCGGAUCUGAUAGUGUUCGGCCUGGAGAUCUUCCGGAGAUUCAGCUCUACGCGCUGAUCGUGCUCGAGAAUGCGGGGGUCGACCUAGAGUCAUUCGAGUUUGACAAGACGACCGGAUGGAAGCAGGCUUGGGGUGCGGUUAUGCAGGUCGUCAAGACGUUGGCAGAGGGGGAAGUCAAGGCGAGGUUCGAACAUCGAGAUCUACACGAAGGUCAGGUCCUCCUUCGACCGGUCGAGACCAGCGCUCAUGACGACCCAGCGGAUGCCGCGCAUCCCGCCUUUAUCGGGUACAAGGCGACCAUGGUCGACUUCGGACUGUCCCGAGUGGACCACCCGGUUAUGGGAGAUCAGGACCCUUACUUUACGCCCAUCCCGGAAGACGUUUUCAGCGGCGUCGGGGACCAGUGGGACGUGUACCGUGCGAUCCGGGAUCUCGUGGAUGACGAGUCGGAUGGGGACUGGGCAGGACAUUUGCCGAGGACCAAUCUGAUGUGGUUGAGACAUCUCGCCAGGGUGCUCCUGCACUCGACCAGGAGUCUGAAGCGGCCGCGAGCGAAGCCGGCCGUCAAGGGCACAACGCGGAAACCGGUAGCGGCGGCGGUGUCAGUAAAACCGCCAGAGAACGUCAUAUACUAUGAGAAGCUUGUCGACUUUGAACGGACAUUAGCGGAGGUACUGGAAGGACCGACGACGAGGCCGAGGACACGGCAGAAGAGGACAGCCAAAGGUGUGGCGACAGGCGGGACCAAGAUGACGACUAUGGUCGAGUUCGCGGAAUUGAUGAGGACGAAGGAAUGGAUAUAG